AUGGAAUCGGAUUCGUCAGUGCUUUCCGGAGGUGACACGACGGGGAUUUCUCCUCCGGCACCGGCGUCGGCGCCAAAUGAAGCUCAGUGUCGAGAAAGGGUUACGGUAUCUGAUUCGGUGGUAAAGGAGGGUGAUUUUGUGGGGAUAGAUCAAGAUAAAAACCUGGAAAUGAGUAAGCUUUUAGAGCACAUUCACGAGACGUCUUCAUCAGUUUUUAAGUUUUCGAUUGAGUGGGAAGAAAUCGAGAAACGGUAUAAUGCCAAGGAUAAUUUGCUAAAGGAACGAACCAUUGAAAUAGAGCUGAAGGAGAAGGAGGUUGAAGAAAGGGAGAGGAAGCUUGAUUUGCUUGAAAAGUCCAUGACUUUGAGGUUAGAGGAGAAAGAAAAGGGAAAUGAUUUGAAACUGUAUGUGGCAUCAUCUCUCAUGAGAUUAGUUCUUGAGACGGUGAGUGAAGAAGUGACGAAUGAGCUUGAAGAGAAGGGAAAAGAGGUUGAGAGGCUUUCUAAGGUGAACGAUGAGAAGUCAUGUGAGAUAGAGAGGGCAAUGAGAGAGUUUGAUUUGAAGCAAAAGGUAGCGACUGAGAGAAGGAGCAAAGAAGCUGAGCAGGUGAAAGAAUGCUUUAAGCAGCUUGAAGCAAAGGAGAUGGAGAUUAGCUUACUUGAGGAAGUCAUCAGAGAGCUGGUUGAAGCGGAGAAGAUAGAGGAGAUCUUUGAAGCGGAGCAGAAAGCAAAAGCUGAGGAGUUGGAAUUGAAGAGAAAGUCUCUAGAGGAAAAGGAAAAGAAAGUUGGAGAAAGGGAGAAAGAGCUUGACUUGAAGCAGAUGGAGUUAGCAGAACAAUUGAUAGAAGCUGAUACUUGUAAAGAGGAGAUGGAAUUGAAGAGAAAGUCUCUCGAGGAAAAGGAAAAGAAACUUGAAGAAAGGGAGAAAGAGCUUGACUUGAAGCUGAGGGAGUUAGAAGAACGAUUGAUACAAGCUGAUACCUGUAAAGAGGAGAUCUUUAAAGCGGAGCAGAAAGCAAAAGCGGAGCAGAAAGCAAAAGCUGAGGAGUUGGAAUUGAAGAGAAAGUCUCUGGAGGAGAAGGAAAAGAAUCUUGAAGAAAGGGAGAAAGAGCUUGGCUUGAAGCAGAGGGAGUUUGAAGAACGAUUGAUACAAGCUGAUACUCGUAAGAGAUCAAGGGUGAAUUUGUUAGAGAAAGAGAAGAGUGAUGCGGAGUCUCUUGCCCGUCCUGCAAAAAAGCAGAAAUCACAUAGCCAUGAUGACGCAAACAAGGAAAGAGCUUUGGUUUGUGUAGUUUCAGAUUGUUCAUCUUCUUUUGAUCAAACAGACGAAGCGACUGAAGAAGAGACUGAUGAAGAACCUGAACAGUUAAACUGUGUUGAUUCAGAGUUUCAUGACUUCGAAGUGACAAUGAGCUCUUUCGCUGUUGGUGCAGUUUGGGCUCUCUACGAUCCUAUAGAUGACAUGCCUCGGUUGUAUGCUAAGAUCAAGAGUAUUCAGAAGUCUCCGGCGAGUGUUGAAGUGACAUGGCUUGAACCUAGAGAUGAAAGAUCAGUUUACGUUGCUUGCGGGAGGUUCAAAUACGGGAAAACACAAACCAUGCAAGGCCACUUGGCGUUUUCUCAUGAGAUGCAGCCUAUCAUACAUGGCAACAACUUCAUCACUGUGAAUCCAAUCAAGGGUGAAACGUGGGCUCUAUUCAGAGACUGGAGCAAGAAACCGGAACAGCACAAGCCUCCGUACAAGUACGACUUUGUGGAAGUGGUGUUUAGCUUUAACGACAGUGUAGGUGUUGGAGUGAACUAUUUAGGGAAGGUUGAUGGAUUUGUCUCGCUCUUUGAAUACGCCCUUCAGCAUGAUACUUACGCACUCGUGAUCCCACCGGAGGAGAUGCAUAGAUUCUCUCACAGAGUGCCCUCGGUUAAAAUGACUGGAGAGGAAAAAGAAGGAGUUCCAGCUGGUUCUUUCGAGCUAGACACUGCUGCUAUUCCGGUUUCUGUGCUCAAGCCUGAUCACUCUGUCCGUGAGGAAGAAGUAAAUUCGGAAAGACAAAGCGAGGAUUGUGGUACGGCUGGUGAGGUUGAAGAUCAAGAUAAGUCUACAAAAGCUAUCCCUGUGGUUCUCUUAGAUUAA